AUGGGGCCCCUGUGUCCUUGCCCAAACUCAAAAAAGCCUAUGAAAAAGGUACCAGGGGCAUCUCAAUGGGGCCCCCCUACUGACAACGACCCUGCCCGAGGGGAUCAUGGGGCCCCUUGUGUCCUUGCCCAAACUCCAAAAAGCCUAUGAAAAAGGUACCAGGGGCAUCUCAUGGGGCCCCCUACUGACCCCGGUCCCUCGGGCAGUGCCCGAGUUUCCAAAUGGUCAGUCCGCCCCUGGUCCACACUGCUGUGUUUUAUAUGCU